AUGAGGUCGUUUGCUACCGUUGUCACCGCAUUCUGCGGGCUUGUUCUAUCCAGCAGCUCUAUAGUUUCCGCGAAAUCCAUCGAGUCCAAGCUGCUCCCCGCCGACUUCAAGCCGCCUCAGGUCUUCAAAAAUGUGAAUUUGGUCCGUAAUACGAACCUAGAAAAAGGCUACGCCCGCGAAACAAUCAAUGUAGUGAUUGAGAACGUGGAUAAACAACCCCAGAGCGAGUACUAUCUGUCCUUCCCGUCGGACAUCUUCGAACAGAUCGGAGGACUAGAGGUCCGCAAUAAAAAGGAAGCAGACAAAGGCAGGUUUGAUGUGGAAGCUAGCGAGGUCGAUCCAUUCAGUGAUGUUCGAUACUUCAUUGUACACCUGCCUGAACCUCUGGCUCCUUCGUCGCAGCUUACCCUUGGAAUUUCGUACUCUCUCCUCAACUCCCUCCACCCGCGCCCGGCUGCCAUUAAGCAGUCAGAUCGCCAGUUCCUCACAUACUCAUUCUCCGCAUACGUGCCAUCCGCCUAUCAGACCGUGACGCAGAAAACGAAAGUCAAGUUUCCAAGCGCAAAUAUCCCUGACUACACAACCACGGAACUCAAGUCUGGUGCAGACCCCGAACGCCAGGGUACAACCUAUAUUUACGGACCUUACGAGACUGCCAAUGUCGCACCAGGCACCUCAUAUCCCAUCACGGUCCGCUACGAGUUCACGAAACCCGUCAUCACAGUAUCACUGUUGGAAAGGGACCUGGAGGUCUCCCACUGGGGCGGUAACUUGGCUACGGAGGAGCGCUACUGGCUUCGCAACAAUGGCUCCAAGCUGCUGACCCAGUUCUCCCGCGUGGACUACACCGUCGCCAACUACCAGCAAUCCCCGUCUACAGCCAUCAAAGAGCUCAAGUAUCCCCUGAAGCCAGGUUCAGUGGACCCAUACUUUACCGAUGAUAUUGGAAAUGUCUCUACGAGCCGCUACCGCCCCGGACUGAAGAACCGGGAAGCCAAUCUCGAGUUCAAACCCCGGUAUCCCGUCUUCGGCGGCUGGAACUACAGUUUCCGCCUUGGCUGGAACAACAACCUCUCAUCAUUUUUACGUAGGACAGUAUCUAAUGAUGAUUCCUACGUGCUCAAGGUUCCAUUCCUUGAAGGACCCAAAAUGGGUGAAGGUAUCCAGUACGAGAAGGUAGUUGUGCGAGUCAUCCUUCCUGAAGGCGCCCGGAAUGUGCGCUACGAGAUUGUUGAAGGGCCUACUAGCAAUGGCUUGCCGAGCGCAAGCCAGAUCCAAUCCUCCCUAUCUACUCAUAAAACCUUCAUGGAUACGCUUGGCCGCACCGCUUUAACUCUAACUGUGGAGAGUCUCACCGAUGAAGCCCGUGAUUCCCAGCUUGUGGUUACCUAUGACUACGCUUUCUGGGAUGGAAUGCGUAAGCCAAUUACCAUUACAAUCGGACUACUUAGCGUCUUUGCGGCUGCAUGGGCAGUCGCGAACAUUGACGUGAGCAUCAAGAAGCGAUAA